GUAGGAUCAAAACAUCAAUCUACUACCCGGAAUAAAAUGCGAUGUUGUGGAGGGAGAAUGCAUUUUUACACAACAUUAGGCAUGCGGGCCGUGUUCUUCCGAUGAGGGGCAUAACAAGCUAUCUAACAAUCUAACUCUUUCUUGUCCUUGUACCCAAGUACUUGAUUUUGAUUGCUUUUUUUCUUUCUUUCGGCUCCCCCUUGGAAACUUGCUCCUUUUCAGCUUGAAUUGGUCAUUGUUCGCUGCUGCUCAAUUCGCCAUUGCCACCCCAAUUCUGCGUGAAAGUGGGUUUCCUCAAAAUAGCGGCAAAGAAAUGCGAAAACUUACCCAUAUGUGUGCCAUGACGAACUUGGUAUCACAUCUUGGCUCUGCUUAUCGGCAUAAAAUAUUCAAUAUCACCGUUUGUGAAUAUCCCUAUCAGUACCACGCCAUUCCUGCUACCUCCACCAGCCUUACCAAAUUUUCAUGAAUUCGAGGAACGCACCAUCCAGGGUGCCAGCAUCUCUAUCAACUUUAUUUCAUCACAAAAGAGCCCAUCAACGGGUAAAUCGACGAUCGAAGAGAGUUCUUGUCGUGAUUGCACGGAUACUCCGAUGUUGAUCUAAUAAGGUUGCGAAGAAUCUGGGGUAUGGAGGAAAAUGAUUGUCCGUGUUUGGAGUUUGGAGUUUGGUGACGAAUAAUCACGUACUAUCUACGGAAAUCGAUGCUCCAUUAAGCUUCUCCCCUCUCUCAUAGAUGCGAGUGGAGAUGUGGGAUUGGUUGAAUUCGACGUCUUAUCGGACCCAGGCCUCUAACAACUUUAUAUCCGGCAUGUCUAAUGUAUUGUUGACAUUUCAAGACAUUAGUUGAUAUGUACGUCUUGUCACUUCAACGAUGUACGCUGCACACUGAUAAACAACGCAAAAGAAUGGGCGAUUUAUCAGUUACUAGGAUAAGCGUCAAGUGAGGGGCCGGAGUGUAUUCCUAGCCACACACCUAUCUUCAACGUUUAGCUACAGCAAAAUACCCGGCAAUGUUGUAUCUUUCAUUUGCCGUCACACCUCAUACGAUCUUUUCAGGAUCUUCGCUGUUUGGAUAUACAUGAAAUAAAGUGCAGUCCACUCCAAUAGCAGAGGUACCUAAUACAAAGCUCCGACUCCGCUGGAAGCACAGAAUUCAAUCAAGGUGUGGUGUGCUUCCGUGCCUGCGUCUGCAGGGUACAGAUGCAUGGGAUAUACACAUUUCCACAACACGCCAGUGGAUUGAUUGUCAAUGAGUAUACUGCGCGAUGGAUAGCAACAUGACAGAUUAGGUAUUUGCAUGAUAGAUGUCUUGCAAUCGAAAUGAAUCAUGAUAGUGUAGAUAGCUACAAGCUAUGUGACUUGACAAGGAGACCGCCAAUCCCUUCUCCAGGGGGAGAAUGUAAACGAUAUAAGUUUGGGGGUUUACUUUGGGGAGUGCGGAAAUAGAAGAAUCUAUCAAGCCCCCACACUUUUCUUUCUUGGUCAGAGUACUAAGAGGAUAUUUUUGUUACCUCAUAUCUUUGAUAUCUUACAGAGCAAUCUCAAAUGGCGCCGGCUUACAAUGAAAAUGUGAUGAACGUGGAGGUCACAUCCCACGUCAGCAAUAAAUCUAGCAUUCUUAGCAGCGUUCUACACGGAAUACAAGAUGUGAGAUUGGAAGUUCGCAAUAUCACCGAACCUCUUGUCGGAGAACUCCAAGUUCAGAUCAAAUCGACUGGCAUCUGCGGUUCCGAUGUAAGCUAUUACAAGAAGUUCGCCAAUGGCGAUUUAUGUGCAUGUGCACCUCUAUCUCUUGGACAUGAAGCUUCAGGUGUGGUUGUAGGGAUUGGACCUCAAGUCAAUGGCUUUGCUAUUGGUGAUCGGGUCGCCCUUGAGGUGGGCAUAUCAUGUGGCCAAUGCGAUAUCUGCCGGAAAGGAAGAUAUAACCUUUGCAAGAAAAUGAGAUUCAGGAGCAGUGCAAAGAGUGUACCUCAUUUUCAAGGGACGUUGCAAGAGAGGAUCAAUCAUCCAGCCGUUUGGUGUCACAAGCUUCCAGAUCAUAUCUCAUUCGACGCCGCUGCACUUUUGGAACCACUCUCUGUGGCAAUUCAUUCUGUAAAUAGAGCAGCACCUACACCUGGGUCGACAGCUGUUGUCAUUGGAGCUGGAGCAGUAGGUCUCCUCGUUGCUGCUAUGGCCCGUCAAUCCGGCUGCCCUAUUGUAACGAUAACCGACAUCUCCGCGAACAGGGUCCAAUACGCACUCGAACACGGAUUCGCUACUCACGGUUACGUGAUUCCUCCUUCUAGCUCUAACUCCAGCGCCCCCUCCAGCACUCCCUCCUCGGGAACCUCCACCCCUUCUCUAGCUUCAGGAACCACAACACCUAUCUCUUCCUAUACCACCAUCUCCGAUCGUCUCAGCUCUGCAAAAUGCACUGCUUCCGAGAUCUUGUCAAUCUCAUCCCCAGACGACGUCCUUGCCGAAGACGACCACGAAGGCGCUGACAUAACCUUUGAAUGCACCGGCAAGGAAAUUUGCAUGCAAACUGCCAUCUACAGCACCAAGCCGGGUGGAAAAGUAAUAAUGGUCGGCAUGGGAACACCCAUCCAAACGCUCCCUCUCUCCGCUGCUCAUCUCCGCGAAGUAGAUAUUCUAGGCGUUUUCAGAUAUGCAAAUACGUAUCCGACCGGUAUCAGAAUGUUAGGUGCUAGCGGGAAGAAAGGAGGACUUCCGAGCUUGGACAACAUGGUUACGCAUCGAUUUAAAGGUCUCGGGAAUGCAAAGCAAGCGUUCGAGUUGGCAGGAAAGACAAUGGACGAGCACGGGGAUCUUAUCUUAAAGGUGGUUAUCGAGGUGUAGAAAUCUGCAAGGGGAAAUGAUGGAGUCGUUUGAUUUCUGUGAGAAUAUAAUGAGUUCUUUUAUUCUUUUCUUUAUUUCGCACACGAUCUAGUAACCUUUCUUUUGGAUAAGAAGUCGAAGGUUAAUUUGGGAAAGUGGUUGAUGGGAUGGAUUUGGUGUUUUGCUGUGAAAGAAGGAAAUCUGGUAUUGGGCUGGCGUCAUGCUUUGAAGCUGGAGGUAGAUAGAUCGAAUAUAUUUACAAUUCAAUUGAUGCAUUCA